AAGGUGCCCGCGAUGCCCGGCCCGGUGCCCGGAACAUGCAGGGCGCGGCGCGGCGCCCGGGGCGGACACGCCAGACUGUCCAGCUAAACACCCAGGGGAAGUUUGUCGGGGGGCUCCCUGCCUGGGGAGACGCGGCUCCCGGCUGCGGAUCGCCCCUGCCAGCGGGGAGUGCGGUGGUGUCUGCCCCGGGGCUCAAUGCACAACGGACCAGGUGUCCGGGAGGUGGCUGAUUAAGGGGAAGGUGGAGCGGGCUUUGAUCGUGUGAGCAGAGCGAGUGUUCCCAGGCUGCUGGGCAAGCAGAAUAAUUCUGCAAGAAGAAGAGAUUUUCUCCUUCCGUUCGCAGGAAAAUGGGAGCCGUUACUGCAGUGUGAGCAGUGUUUCUGAGUGACCAGCUAAGACCCCUGUGGGAGGAAGGAAAAAACCAGCAUGGAUGGGCUCCUAGAACAGACCAGUGUGCUAAUGCACGGGAAAAUCGCUGAAGCUGGGAAAAAGAAUGGCUUAAUUAACACCAGGAACUUAAUGGCGGAGAACAGAGAUGGCCUGGUCUCCGUGUACCCAGCCCCACAGUACCAGAGCCACAUUGUGGGCAAUCUCGCUGCUCAAAGCAGGAACGACCCGGUGCAGCAGCUGCUGGACCCCAAUACGCUCCAAGAGACGGUGGAGUCCUACUACCACCCCAACCUCAUCCUCUACUCGGAGAACGUGCUGCGCUCCUGGGGGGAGAGCGUGAGCGCCGAGUGCUGUGAGACGACCUUCAUCGAGGACCGCUCCCCCACCAAGGACAGCCUGGAGUACCCCGACAGCAAGUUCAUCGACCUCUCCGGCGACGACAUCAAGAUCCACACCCUCUCCUAUGACGUGGAGGAAGAUGAGGAUUUCCAGGAGCUGGAGAGCGACUACUCGAGUGACACAGAGAGUGAAGACAAUUUCCUCAUGAUGCCCCCAAGGGAUCAUCUCGGCCUCAGCGUAUUCUCCAUGCUCUGCUGCUUUUGGCCACUGGGGAUUGCUGCCUUUUAUUUGUCACACGAGACGAACAAAGCAGUGGCCAAGGGAGACUUCCACCAAGCAAGCUCCAGCUCCCGGCGAGCACUCUUCUUGGCCGUGCUGUCAAUCACGAUUGGAACUGGCAUCUAUGUGGGGGUUGCUGUGGCUCUGAUCGCCUACCUGUCCAAGAACAACCACUUGUGAGGCUCAGGAGAGAGGAAGAACCACCCGUGCAGCUCUCUGCAGUGCACAAAACCACAGCAGCUUGGACUGCAAUUUUCCAAGGCACCCAUGAGACACACGUGCUGGUGUUGGAUACUGGAAAGACAGGAAAGUGUGUUGAUGGUUUAUGAUGCACCAGUCCUGCAUCUUUUCAUCCUCCAACUCUUCUCUGUUUUACACAAUACUGUGUUUACAAGAAUCUAGCUCCUGCUGGUGACCUAGAACUUUGCCCCCGCCCCUGGUUUGCCCCGGCUUGCUCAUUAAUACGUUAGUCCACACUGCACUGAACUCUGCAGGAGCACACUCAGCCACUGGUUCUUAGAGGAGCGAGCCCUCAAAGGGGAAGUUUUUCUUUGGACAGUAGGACGCGUUUGCUGAAGGGUGAGAUUGAGGCCUCAGCAUAGAACAGUGUUGCCUAAUCUUCUUGCAUUCAGUAGGCUGCCAUAAGAGGAAAAAAGAGAAAACGAUUUUCCUUUCCUGCUUUUGUUUCAUUUUCAAAUGAAACUAAUGGGGCGAGGCCGUGCAUAGCGACAGCUAAGCACGAACACGCUCAGUGCACGGAACAUGAGGUUCGUCUAGCAUGGGCUCUGUUGUAAAAUUAAUCCUUCACGUCAGUCAUGCUGCAUGGGUGACGCUCCUGAGCCACGUACCGCAGUCAGGCAGCCUCCGCCUCCCUGCGGGGAUGAUGCAGCAGCUAAAGACGAGCAGCCCUUGGAAAUAUGUCCUGGGCACGCAGGGGACUAACAAAGGGAGAGAACACUUUGUAGCCCACCCUGGAGCAGACUCAGACAGAGAACAGCAAAGGAGGACACUCAAAUUCCUACAUCAUGGCACCCCAGCUCAUUCGUAGAAAUCAUUUUCUCACUGUGCUGUCCUGCCAGACAGCUGGACGGGUACACGGGAAAGGAACUAAGUGUUCUCCUCAUUUCACAAGAGGCUUAUUUGCUUUCUGACACCCCACCACCUUUUCCUUUUCAAAUCUCGCAUUCCUUUCCAGAGCGUGGGUUCAUUGGCGAGAGAUCUGUACAUAAUAAUGUCGGAACAUGGAUCAUUGCAAAUGGCUGUUUUAAUAUUCACUCAUUGGGGUUCUGUCAGCACCAUUUAUUUAUCGAAGAAGGCCCGUGAGGAUAAUUUGUUCCAAUUCUGUA